ACACACACACACACACGGAGAGUUAGACCGACCGAGGUUCAGACUCUUUGUUAUUACACUCCCUGUCAGUGAUCUUUAUAGACCUCAUAUCACGCGCGGGCUGACCGUUUCCCGCCAUCUGACAGGAGUAUCGCGGUUCGCAGUGAUCGUUGCAUGAUCGCGCGGUGUGUGUUAUAUUUUAUUUUGAUGCGGUGGUGUAAUAUCUCUGAGCGGUGUAUGGUGCAUCUGUCAUUUGGACUACCACCGCUAGCUCGCUAGCAUACGGCUAGCUGAAAAUAUUAAUAAUAAUAAAAAAAAAAACAGGUGACUGAGGAGGAAUCAAAUCCUGUUUCCAUGGACAACACGUCCAUUAUUACCCAGGUCGCAAAUCCAAAGGAUGAAGAGAUCCUUUCUUCAUGUCAGGAAAAAGUCUCCCAGUCCAACAGCAGUUUAAAGAAACAGAGGAACAGAAGUAUCUUUAGUCCCUUCUUCUGCUGUUUCCGGGACUAUAAUGUGGAACCUCCAGCCUCCAACAUCAAGACCUGCAGCCUUCCUCCACCUGCAGAGGAGAACAGCAGCCCUCCAAAGUUUGAUCAGGUCCAGGUCAUCCCUUUUCCCAGUCCUCCAGCCAAAUACCUACUGCCUGAGGUCAGCAUUAAUGACUACAGCAAGAACUGUGUGGUGAUCGAUCUGGAUGAGACCCUCGUGCACAGCUCCUUCAAGCCCAUCAGCAAUGCAGACUUUAUAGUCCCUGUGGAGAUUGAUGGAACAGUUCAUCAGGUCUACGUGCUGAAGAGGCCUCAUGUGGAUGAGUUUCUGCAGAAAAUGGGCAAACUGUUUGAAUGUGUACUUUUUACAGCCAGCUUAGCAAAGUAUGCUGACCCUGUAGCAGACCUGUUGGACCAGUGGGGUGUAUUCAGGGCACGGCUUUUCAGGGAAUCCUGUGUGUUCCACCGGGGAAACUACGUCAAAGACCUCAGCCGACUGGGCAGAGAGCUCAACAAAGUCAUAAUAGUAGACAACUCACCUGCCUCUUACAUCUUCCAUCCAGAGAAUGCUGUGCCGGUGCAGUCGUGGUUUGAUGACAUGACCGACACUGAGCUGCUGGAUUUACUGCCACUGUUUGAAGGCCUGAGCAGAGAGAAGGACAUUUACAGUGUGUUACAGAGUCUGAGGGAUAGGUAGCACACUCGUCCAGAUCUGCCUGGCUUAACUUUACCACGCAUACACAAACAAAACCGAAACCCAUCUCAGGCCAAGCCACCAUACAUCUCUGGCCUCUAGAGGACAUCAUUCACCAAGCAAAGGAGAAAAUAGCCUCUACUCCAUCCGACUCACUCUAUGGACAAAACCUUCCUGCGAUGUCCACCCUCAAUGGACCAGGGGCCAAUAGUAUUCCUUGGCAAGCAAAUAUAUAUUCUCAGUUUCUAAUUUUGAUGCAGAAUGAAGAAAACAAGCAAACAAACAUAAUUUUAUAACAGAAGAGUUUACUAUCCUUGAGUUCUAUAUAUUUACCAGAAAAAAAGAACACACAAAAAAAAGAUAAACUAUUUUUCUGGAUGGUUGAAAGUACUCUUUUGAACUAUUCUGUUCAGGCUAUGCAGGCAGUCUUUUCCGCAUCAACAGUAGUUACAACAACUGUGAUUUUUUUUUCUCCUUCUCUCUUACCAAAUGAAGUGCCUUAUGACUGUUUUUAUGAGGAUAGAAAUUCGUUUUUUUGUAUGCUGCAUAUUUACAAUGAUUUUGAAAACUUUAAACAGAUGUACACAGGAAAAAGGUGAGUCUAUCUUUUUAAAUUCUGGUCUGGACUCUUCACUGGACUGAAUAAUAUAUUAUCGGGCAAAGAAUUAUGCCAUUAUUUUCUUGGCUUCUUUUAUGCCUUUGAAAGUAUAGCAUUUAAGCAUUGUGUUUAAGAGGGGAAUUUAAAAACAUCUAUUACCCAUUUGUGAUUUGAAUUAAUUAUUCAAAAUAUAUUUGUGAAAAGGCUCAUUUUAAUCAAUAAGCCAAUACGUCAGGAUCUGAAAUGAAUACUCAUCAUUAUCAAAAUAAAAGAUGCAAUCAA